UAACUUUCAAAAGAACAAGGAAAGGUAAGCAGUCCCGAGAGAGAAGAAAACAAGAAGCAGUAAGAGGCGGCCGUUCAGAGAUGACAAAAUGAACUCCUCCUCAGUAGAAAACAGUUCCAGUCUGAGAUCUAAGGCAGCCUCAUUGCAGAACUGUAAAUGCGAAGAGGACAUCUCUGAAGAGAGCAGUAGCCCAGGUGACGAGGACACGUCCUCAUUCAACAUUGUCUUGCAUAUAGUAGGUGCCAUGGAACAGAGUACUUUCCAGAUUAAGGAAGAGCAAUGUGAAGAGGAAUCUUUCCAGUUUGCAGAGCAUGCUGUGUAUUUGAAACAGGAGGACUGUGAAUGGCGGUCAUCUGAUUUUAAAGAUGGGCACUUUGACCAAGAGGUGGUUAGCAUUAAAAGGGAGAGUUCUGAAAAAGACACUGCCUGCUUUAGGAUGGACAACUAUGAAACUGUAGGUCACCCCAAGGAAGAUGUGUCUUCAAAGAGUGAUACUGGGGUAAAGAGGUGUCCAGCAGUAAAACAAGAAGUGACUGAUUUAACAUCCAUUGUGCAUACUGAGCGCUUCUGUCAGCAAUAUCCUGUGUAUGUCAAGCCUGAGAUAUUGGAGUCCGAUGAGCUGCUCAUCCAAGAAAUGUGCUGCAGGAGAGAAGACCAUGAACAUGCAUCAUAUGCUUCACUGCCUGGGAAACCAGAUUUACCAGAGGAGAGCUCUUCAUUUGCACUGGAUACUCAACAUCAUGAAAAUAUAAAAGAGUCAACAUUUGUGGCCAAAAGUAAGAACUCAAAAGCUUUGCCCUACAACAAGAAACCCUCAAGUGUAGAGGGUGUACAGAACCUCAAGAGAAUUCGAACAGCAAUUGGCACAGUCGGUUUACCAAGCGACCCAAAAGUUCACUCUAGAGGAAAUCUAAAUUGCUGUUCUGUAUGUGGCAAACAGUUCUCACGUUUGAGCAGUUUUCAGGUACACAUGAGAAUUCACACUGGAGAGAAGCCACAUUGCUGCUCUGAAUGUGGAAAGCAGUUUUCAACUAUUAGCAAUCUUCAGGCACAUAAGAGAAUUCACACUGGAGAGAAACCGCAUUCUUGUUCUGAAUGUGGUAAACAAUUCUCACAACUUGGGCAUCUUCAAACACACAUUCGAAUUCACACCGGAGAGAAGCCAUAUUGCUGCUCAGCUUGUGACAAACGAUUUUCACACAAAAGCAGCCUUAAAACACACUUACUGAUUCACACUGGGGAGAAGCCACAUUGCUGCUUUGAAUGUGGCAAACAAUUCUCACAGCUCAGCCGCCUUAAAGCACAUGCACCAGUUCACACUGGACAAAAGCCACAUUGCUGUUCGGAAUGUGGCAAGCAAUUCUCACAACUUGGUUCUCUUCAAAAGCACACAAUAAUUCACAGCUUAAAGAAAACAUACUGCUGUUCUGAAUGUGGUAAAGGGUUUUCCUACAUUAGCAGUCUUAAGACACACACAAGAAUUCAUACAGGCGAGAAACCACAUUGGUGUUCAGCAUGCGGCAAACGAUUUUCACACAUAAGCAGUCUUAAAUCACACACAAGAAUUCAUACUGGGGAGAAACCACAUUGCUGCAGUGAGUGUGGCAAACGUUUCACACAAGUUGGUCAUCUUCAAAAACACAUGAGAACACACACAGGAGAGAAACCACAUUGCUGUUCUGAUUGUGGCAAACAAUUCACACAUACAAGCAGUCUUCAGAGACACAUGGGAAUCCACAGAAAAGCAGUACAAAAAAUAUCAUGACCAAAAAGCAUAGUUUGCACUUAUUGUGAUGGAGCAUAAAUAAACUCACAUGGAGAUAUUCAUCCCUAAGAGGUAAACGGGACAUGCUCAAAACAGAUACAUGACUACGAUUGAAAAGACAAUGGCUAGUACUCUUGUUUCAACCAAAUGUAGACCAAGAUCUGAAGCAAGAACAAGUUACCAGAGUUUCAUCAUGGCUACAUUAAAUGUUAGCCAGUGAACAAGGUGGUUCACAGAAUCCAAAACCAUUAAGUUCAUGUUCUGAAGAGGUGAACUGGAAGCGGUCAUAAUAUUUUGUUUUGAUAACUAAGAGCCUGCAUGCUCAACCACACAUAAAGAAUCUACCAUCCAAUUUCUAAGAGACAAUGGGACCACAACCCCGGACAAAAUGACAGCAGAAGGAAGGUGGACAGAUUGUGUGGCAAGGAAACAAUCUGACUUCUGAAUUCCAAGUUGUGGACUGGCAUGUGGUUCAGGGUUUGUUUCUACUUCGCACCUGAAGUUGCCAGCAUAGGCUCUGAGUAAAUGGGUUCAGUAAAAGAGAGGAUGAAUUCCAGGUCAACGCUUAUGAGUGAAGAAAUAGAAAAUCAAACAAAAAUGUCAUGGAUAUAGUCGGUCAGGAUGCCGUAUGUUGAAAACAGGACUAGAGUAAAUUCGUCCCACUUUAACUUUUAAGGCCUGCUUAAGAUUGCCUUUCUUAUUAGUUUGUUGAAUAAGGUUUAGCAAAUGGAAAAUGUGAGUAUUAUGUAGCGUUCAUGCAACCAAAGUAAAAGAGAAAAAGGAGGGCAGGAUAAAAAGAAGCCAUGAAUUAGGAAUAAGAUUGGUUCAUGUUAUGGCACUGCACAAAUAAUUAUUAUAAUAAUACAUGUUGUUUAAAUAGCGGUUUUCCCAUGAUCGAGGUGCUUAUAUGUCCAAAUGGAAGCAGUAGUGCUGUAAGAAGCCCCUUAUGGCAGAUCAUUCUUAUAGUGUUUGAACAAACACAUCAGCUUUCAAACAAGAGAGCCCUCCACUAAUAUUGACACCCUUGUUAAAUAAAAGCAAUAUGUGUUGUCUUUACUGUUUGUCCUCUCGAUGUUUCAUUCAAAAUAUUAACAUAAAUAUCUGAUGCUGCCGGGAUAGGUAAGGUCUGCCUUCCCACAAGCUUGAAAUGGAUUAAGUGGGUUUGAGGAUUUACAAUAAUAAACAAAAUAAAGUGAGGGGAAACAUCAGCCAAAUAAAUGCAAAAAAUGUGUAGGGCAGCUCAUGUAGCCUUUCCAAACAUUAAAAUCUACAUUCCUUUAAUAAACUAUUCACAAGACUUAGACACGAUAGAACCAACUUAGUGGACACAAAUAAAUUUAUUCAACAGAACUUCCCGUACAUUCCUCCGAUCCAGGCAUCUGAAUUUAAAAACAAAUAAGCAUAAAAUUCAUUGGAUGACAGAAACGGCCAAAAAAAUCUUCAACCAUUGGACCAAGUAUUUAAACUAAUUGCCCCCGUGACCUCUACAUCUGCAGACGGGGCAAUUAAAAACAACAUUCUAAAUUUGUCUAGCGAUGUAAGUCUAACGGUCGAUCAAAUUUCAGUUUUACAAAAAGGGCUAACCUUCGUGCCCACCCCACUGGUUAGCUUCCAGAGGGAAAAUAUUAAAAUGAAAAUUUUUGACUAUCACCGGAGACUAAAAUUAGCCACUUUCUUUGAGAAUGAGACAGAUUUAGAAAAGACUCCUUUUCACCUUAAAUCAGAUUGGCAGCCUAAUAUAGAACAAGUCCCGCUGGAAGUAGCGGAGAUAAUCGAGAAGGACAAAAGACAGAUCCAAGAAAUAGUAAAUGAAAAUCACAAUUCACCAAACAAUCUAACAAAAGUGGAGGGAGAGGCCCUGAGAGAACUGCAAAAUAAAACUGAAAUAAUAAUCAAACCGGCGGAUAAGGACAGUGAGAUCGUGAUUCAGAGCAGGCAAGAUUAGAUUUUUGAGGUGCUUACACAACUAAACAAUAUGGAACACUAUCCAAAAUUAGACAACCCGAUUUUUCUAGAAACAGUCCAAAUAAUUGCACAAACCGUACAGGGAAUGGUCAAAAACAAACUCAUCAAUAAAAAACAGGCGGAGUUUCUAAUGCAUCCCCCAGUAUCUAUAGAAAGGAAAUUUUAUUUACUGCUGAAAAUCUACAAGG